AUGGAUGAUGGCAUCCGCAGCACUCAGCGUGCGCCGCUCUCGUGCGUUAGUUGUUACAAGAGGAAAGUCAAAUGCGAUAAGAAGAUUCCCUGUGGACAGUGUAUUCGUCGCGGCGCCGUCUCCACUUGUAGGCGAGAACAGGUCAAGGUCAAAGGCCAGCUGAUACAGGCAAAGAGCGAUGGAAAUAGUACUGGAUGGACAUACCAGGAUCUCGUCCUCGAAAACCUCGCCUUGAAAGCACAAGUGCAAGCGACAACAACUGGCGUGGAGAAACAUGUUCCCAGUGAUGGUGACGAAGUCUUCGUCCUGGACGAGAUGGCCGAUGAUCCAUCGGCCCACCUGUUCGAUUAUAUGAUCCAAAAGCAACCCCCUCGGACAGUGUCAAAUUACGAAGAUAUCGAAUUUCCCACCCGAGAGCAAAGUGCGUAUCUGAUCCUGCAGGCCAGAGAGAGGAUUGCGUGGAUUCAUUACGCACUGCAUCACCCGACGUUUGAGGAGGAGCACGAUGAGUUUUGGAAGAGAACGACGACUCGUGAUGCCCGUCUGACCUAUGAUCCUGCAUGGCUGGCGAUAUACUUCAGCACACUUAGUGCUGUCCUAGUUUUUCUCCACGACGAGGAUACGCCGUCCUCUCCUGCCUCAAGAUACCCCCUUUCAUCACGAAUGCGAAAGUGGUACGAUGCGGCAGUUUUCUUCUUGGAGAAGUCCGAUUACCUACGCGUCCCGACGUUAAUGACUGUGCAGACAAUAGCAAUCCUAGGCAUUGUAUUCAACAAUGUCGGCGAGUUUAACUUCCACAGCAACCUGUGGUCUAUUGCUGUGCGGACGGCGCAGACAAUCAGAAUAGACAACGAAAAGCACCUGGCUUCACGCCCUCCCAUAGAACGGGAGGUCUGUCGAAGGUUAUGGUGGACCUUAGUCAUCUGCGACUGGUUGCCACCACCAAGGAGAGCUGCCACUCUUUUGGACCAGGAUUUCAAUGUCAAUUUGCCUGCCAUCAAAGACGAUGAUGAGCUGGCCGGGGCAAAACUUCGUCCGGCUAGCUACCCUCGCAAAAUCCACUAUCACAUCAUCAUGAUUCACAUCUCGACAGUGUAUUACAGGUACCGACUUGCACUGAGGCUGGGACGAUGGACGAAUUCGACAAUUGUUGACCUGGUCACGAAAACUGACGAAAGACUCGCUCAGAUCAUUGCCGAACUGCCACCUUGGCUCCAGAACGAAGAUGGUCGGCCCAAAUUCCGAGACGUAGAUUGCGCUUGGGCAUCCUGGCAACGGACCAAACUGAGCUUGCUGUUGCACAACCUGAGAAUCACCGUCAACAAAUCGCUUCAAAAUUUAUGGCUGGAUCAAGGUCUGGUAUUCCAAAGGGUGAGGUCCAUAUGCCUUGACUCGUCAAACGCAAUCAUCUCCUUGGCUCUCGACGGUGGUGAGCCAGUCGAGAGACUGAAUACUUGGGCCGUUGUGAUGGAACUAUUCUCUGCAGCAGUCACCAUCGCCAUCGAAGAAGAACUCCAAGGUGGUCGUGUCGACGAUGAUCCUUCUAGCCCAGUGCGGAGGUGCAUGGCCUUUUUCGAGUCGGUCCAGGAGCACAAUCAACUGGCAGUUGCGGCCGUGCAGAUGCUUCGAGCCAUAACCUCAAAAUCAGGGUAA